UGGCCCGACGUUGUCCGGACCGGAAGUGUUCUCUAAUACGCCACACGCGCUCAACACGCACGCACGACCGCGGCGCGUAAAUACAAUACACGUACAUUAUGCAUAUAAUAUAUGUAUAUUCGUAAGUGGUAUAAGUGCGUAUACACUGUGGAAAUUCGAAUUGGAAAUCGCACGAGGUAUAGGUUGUCGGGUAUGAAAAAAAAUUAAUUAAAAAGUAUAAAAAUAUUUUUGACCGCUGCGGUGAAAGUGCGGGAAUAUUAAUAAUUAAAUAAUAUAAUAUCUAUUAUCCGUCCGCGGUAUAUUUAGGUACGAUAUCAUUCAACCAGUGCGUACAAGUGUCUAAGGGAUUACAAAAUUAUAACACACGUGCCGUGCUCUUUUUUCACCCCACAAGAGUGGUGACCGUUUCCGUAAACGCGCGUGCGGCGGCGGCGGAAACGUCUGGCGCUGCAGCUCCUCCGAUCGUCGGACUCGCACUCGUAUAUAUUAGACCACUCGUAGUGGUCUCGCCGCUACCGUCGGUCGGUCGGAAGGAUCGCGUGAUCGCGUUUACAUCGGCGGGUGCGGCGAGGGACUUGUGUGCGAAAACGAAAAACAAACAACUAUGAGUAAUCAAGGAGCGGAAAGACGAGAGAGAUAAAGGGCGAGAGAGCGAAAUAGUGGUGUGCGUGUGUGAGAGAGAGAGAGAGAUAAAAAGACGCGAACUCCACGCGACCAGCCGAGAAUCGUGCCCAUCAUGUCCAGGAGGAAACAGGCUACACCUCGUUCGCUCAGACAUGGAAAUCUUGACGCAGAAGACGUAUUCGACGACGAAGACCUCAUGCCGCCAUUAUCUCCUACAGGGUCUGGAAGUACGAAAAGUGACGAAGACGAAGGAGAUGAGGACGACGAGGAAGAGUGCACUGUUGAUGAUGACGAUGACGAUGACGAUGAAGACGACUUACAGUCGGUCAGUUCUACCGAGGGAUCAAACCACAGUCUGCUUUCGGAAGCACUGAGUGGCGCGGGCGAGGCGAGCACCGAAGAGGCAGCUUCGUCGUGGAGCUCGGCCGUGUCAGAGGACCACACGUCGCCGGACAGCUGCGCCACGAGCAACAGCCGGCCCGGUUCGACCGUCGACCACCGACGCGAUCGCCACAGCCGUCCGCCGUCGUACGCCACGGCCGGCGCCGCUGCCGCCGCCGCCGUCGCCGCUGUUACGGCCUCAGCGAACUCCACCGAUGCCAACCCGUAUGCAUGCCAAUACUGCGACAAGACGUUUCCCCGGGGAAGCUAUCUGAAAAAACACGAACAGACUCAUGGAGAAUCAAUGCCGUUCAAGUGUCAAUUCUGCCGGAGGCUGUUCAAACACAAGCGCAGCCGAGACCGGCACGUGAAAUUACACACGGGGGACAAGAAGUACAAGUGUACUCAAUGUGACCAUGCUUUUUCAAGGAGCGAUCACUUGAAGAUCCACAUGAAAACGCACGACAAUCAAAAACCGUUCCAGUGUACGGUUUGCAACAGAGGUUACAGCACGGCGGCCGCGCUCACGUCGCACAUGCAGAACCAUCACAAACGGGCUGCGGAACGGGCCAAUUCACCACAGAUAUCCGGUCCCUCGUACAAAUGCCUCCAGUGCACCCAGAUAUUCCGCAAACCCGACGAGCUUCAGAAUCACACUGCGACGCAUCAUCUCGGGGAGCAACUUUCGUCCAACUCCCGGAGCUCGAAACGUUCGACACCACCGAAAACGCCGAACCAAUACAUUUGCAUGUACUGCACCAAAGAAGUGUCUAGUAUGGACGCCCUACAACAACACUUCCAGACCAAGCAUUCUGCGAUCGUCAACGGCAAGCCGCAAGAGGACAUCUUCUCGGCCGUACCACCGGCGGCCGCGUUCCCGUGGCUCAACUUUGCUGACUCGCCGGCCCUAGCACUGCCUCCGUACUCGUGCCGGUUGUGCAUGAGCCAAUUCCCGUCCGUCACUUCGUUACAAAAACACUUUACGACCGCCCACUAUCUGAAUUCCGUCCUCAACAACAACAUACAGAACAACAAUAACAACAACAGCAACAGCAACAACAACAACACCAACGGCUGCAAAAGUGGUGGCGGCGGCGGCGUGGUGCCAAUGUUCAACUGGCCGGCAAUGGUUGGCGCGAACGGAUACCAUCAACCGCAACUCCGACACUCGACGUCGGGUGGCGGUGGCAGUGGUUUCUUGCUCGAGGAAACCGUUCAGACGGGUCCCACAGACUUGUCACUGUCGUCAUCCAAGCACGGUGGGGGCAAGCACCAUCACACGUCGUCGGGCAAGCACAAGUCGGCGGACGACCAGCGGAACCAUGCGACCAGCAAAAAGUCCCGUUCGUCGCCCGGCCACGACCCUUCUGCGGCCGAUCAGCAACGUCACAUAAAACAGGAACGCAUCGGCGGCCACAACACGUACGACAGCAAACACUUGCAGCAACCUCGGCCAACCGCGGCUCGUCCGUCUUCCCAGUUAGGCAUCUCCAACCACAACAACAACAAUAUCAACAACAAUAAUAACAACAACAGCAUUCACGUCGACAACAACAAGAUCCAAUUGCCGUGUCCGCAUUGUCAUCUGACGUUUUCGCUCUUCGAAGACUACCAGCAGCACGUCAUCGGCCACUUCUUGAUGGCCGCAGCCGAGUACUCGUGCCAGGAGUGUUCCACUUCAUUCGCCACGUCCGAACACGUCCAGAAACACCUUAUGGAAACGCACGCUCAGAACUUUUACCGGUGUAUGCUGUGCAAAGAAGUGUUUCCGACCAAGUCAGCGCUCAAAGUUCACUUUAGCAUGAAUCACGGCAGCGAACACCGCAUGUUCCGCUGCAACAACUGCACGGGCCUGUCUCGACCGCUGUUCCAGACGGAAAUCGAGUUCAUCGAUCAUCUGCGCAACACCCAUUACUCCGCGAGGUCGCCACCGCCGGUCCAAGCGAACCUGAUGUUGAGGUGCUUAGUUUGCCACGCCACGUUCAACACGCAGUCCGACAUGGAACAACAUUUAGCUAGUCACUCCAAACAGUUCCAAUGCCAAUUCUGUUCGGAAGCGUUCCACAUCGAGUUCUUGUUGGACAGGCAUAUACAAACCCAUCACAGUUCGAGCAUCCUGAGUCACCUCAACCGGAACCACAGGGAAUCGCCGAGUUCCAUGUGCACGUCGCCCACGUACAUUUCCAGGGUGGCGGACGGCAGUAAGCAUUCGACCGAAAACGGGACGAACGCUUGAGAUAUAUGCGAGAAAACCGAUUUUCGAAACGAACUGGACCUGAUGGCUCACAAGAGGACGAUGCACCAGGUGAAGCCAACAAACCUUUCGACAAAAGUGAGCUUGCAUUGCGCUUAUUGCAACGAAAACUGCAAAUCGAGAACAGAGCUGGAGAACCACAUGAAGACGCAUUCUCAACACGGUUCUAAUGUCGGAAAGCACAAGUGCAACAUUUGUGACGAAAUCUAUCAGUCCGCAAUCAG